ACGAGGAGUCCGUCGGUCAUACCAACUAUAGACAGGCUGUACGAAGGUCAUUAAUGAUGAUGACACGUGUCAUAAACUGACUGGGUCUUAUCUCGGAUCGAAGCGACGCUUCUACUUCCGUGCAUCUCGCUUAUAAAUAAGGGAGUAAUUCCUCUCAUUUCUACAGUUUCAGCAGAAAUUAACCUGUUAGAGCGUACCCGUCACUCCUGUCAGAGCGUAUCCGUCAGAUUCUGCUGAUCCGUUCAAUUGCUUUAAUCGUCAGUGCCAUUCCUCAUCACUUCGUUGGUAAAAUUGGAAAUGUCUAGUGCGUCGAGUAAUCAGUCGGUUGUUCGUGACGGGUUGGAUUACGAGGAAGUAUAUCCAUCCGGUCAUCGAGAACAAGAUAGUCCAGAUGAUAGGAGUCCGUCCUCCUCCUCCUCGUCCUCAACAUAUGAGAAUCUGGAGGUGGUUGAUCAAGACGAGGGACCUGAUGACGGUGAGGAACAGAUUGUUAGAUCCGUCAUUGGUGCUGAUGGGCUCAGGGAGUUCGUCAUGCUACCGGAGUGGACGGUGAAUUACUUCACGUCUGUCAUCAAAGAAAAGCAUUUUAAGACAUUUAGGGAUAAUUAUCAAAUUCCAGAAAAUGUUACGAUUCGUCUACCCUACAAAUCGGAGAAGUGUUACUAUGACGGGGUAGAGGGAGUCGGGGUAUAUGAGCAAAUGUUGAAGGCCGGACUCAGAUUCCCAUUGAGUUCGCUUCACCGUGAGCUCCUCCGACAACUGGGGUUAUCCGUGAAUCAGAUUUCCCCUAAUGCUUGGAGGGUUUUUAUAGCGAUGGAGAUCUUGUACGGCGCUAUGUCUGACGGAGAAAAGAGGCUGACGGUUAGGGAGUUCUUUCACUAUUACCGUCCGGACGAAAUUGAUAAGUCUAGGGGAAUAUAUAGCUUCGUCCCCAGGAGUCCGUUGUUGAAAGUCAUCUAUGACAUGCCGAACUUAAAUAGGGAUUGGAAGAGCCGGUACUUCUUCCUAGAAGGCGACGGUUGGAUGUGUCGUCCGGGGGACACGGAUUUCAUGCCCGUCGACAUUACUUGGGGCAUAUUACACCCGUCUAAGAUGGAUGGCGCCAAGAGAAGAGCUCUGAUCUGGGCAAAGGCCGUAAAGAAGACUGGUGAUGACGCUCCCCCUGCGACGGGCCCAAGCAAUCCGUCUGCCAAGCGGAAAACUCAGCCCAAAGUGGAUCGUUAG